AUGGUGGGGGUGGGGGAGGAUUUUGAAAUGCCAAUGGACAGCGAGCGCGCUGUGCACAAUUCUUCAUCUCUCACCACCUCACCCACCGUCCCUCCGCAUUCCUUGCAGGCGUUCGGACAGCUUCCCAAAUUUCAAGAUGGCGACUUAGUGUUGGUACAGUCCAACACCAUCCUGCGCUACCUGGGCCGUCAGCACAACCUCUACGGAAAAAAUGUGAAAGAAGCCACAUUAAUUGACAUGGUGAAUGAUGGUGUGGAGGACCUACGCAUUAAAUAUUCAAUACUUAUCUUCAAAGACUACGAAACCGGCAAAGACGCUUUCGUCAAGAAUCUCCCGACGGAACUGAAACCCUUUGAGAAUAUUCUGAAGAAAAAUAACGGAGGGAAGGGCUUCCUCGUGGGGAACCAGGUCUGGACCUGCACACAACACAUUCACCUGCAGCUGGAGCUAACCCCGGGCUGUCCCUGUCCUGGGGGUGUUUCAUGGGGGACAGUGUAGAGGGAG